AUGACGGAAAAGGAGGUUUCAAGCGGCCAAGGUAAUUUCGUAGUACGCUCUGCAAACGCCACCAUUCCAACCUUGCUUAGUGCACAAGCCUUAUAUCAGAUUCCCAUGAAGAAAGGUGGCAUCACAGCGCACUGUUUGAAUGCAUAUAGCACUUGGCAAACAACAUUGGACACGCCAGUCGCCUACUCUCUGGACGACGGUGCUUCUAUCGGCACCAUUCCGAAUCUGAGAAAUCUAAUUCAGCAUUUUCUCGACUAUGGUGGCUCUCGAGACACACAAGUCAACGCUAUACCACCACUCUGGGUUGCUUCGCCGGAACCCGGCUCCCCCUCAGUUGUUGGCAGCUUCAUUCAGAACAAUUGCGCCGGCCUAGGGCGAUACGUGAUUUCGGAUUUACUGCUUAGCAAAUUCAAUCAAUCUAUACCGUCGUCAGAUCUUUGUUUAUAUAUAAAGACUUGUACAAUAGCCGCUUUCUGGGAGCCAUCUCAACACCACCUUGCGGCAGACGGCGGUUCAUGGGUGGUCAGCACAGGCUCGCUUUCGAACAUGGGUCAUGGCUUAUCUAAAACUACACGCCCAAUUUCGGCCGACCUCGACAGUAUCACUAGCUUGAACACCCCGUUAUUUAGCGCCAAGAUGUUCGAAGACGUUCAAAGCGACAGCACCAGACUAGCAGUCGCGCUGGCUACCGUUUUUUCCGAAAUACCUUGGAAAGAGCAGGUACAAAGCGCAUUAGGGGGUGAGCAGUAUACAGUGAUUGAGAUUGCUUUAACGCGUCUUGGCUACGGAUACGAAACGUCGUCUAUAUCUACACGCCUAUCGCUAAUCGUUGUCAUGGCAUACUGCAUAUUCGCUGUCGGAUACAUAACAUACAUGCUCAGCAGCGGCCAUACAUCUACGGCAUGGAAUUCGGCAACUGAGAUCAUCGUUCUUGCGUUGGAGUCAAAGUGCAGUGAGCAUUUGUACUAUGUAUCAGCUGGCAUUAACUCCAUAAAAACGUAUCAAGAGCCUGUUGGGAUACGAGUCAAUGAUCGCAAUCAGUUGGAAUUGGUGUUCGAGCAUGAUCAAAGCAAUCAGUUGCGGAAACUAAGAAAGAUUAGACUAAACAAGGCAUAUUAAUUUGCAAAUGUCGUCACUAGUUAACUAACAUACUUUUUCAACCCCUGGCUGGCAUUAUGGGCACUCGGAGAACGGAUACAAUGACUCGAAGAUCAGCCUGGAGUGGCUUACCCGUGU